CCCAAAGAGACGCACCUGGAGAUGAUGGAGAAGGCCUGUAUUUUGCUGCUUUUCCUGGGGGUGGCCACGGCAGCCCCCACGGUGCGCAGCCCCAUCUCCUAUGACCAGGCGGUGGCCUCCGCCGUGGACACCUACAACCGGGAGCAGAAGCCAGAGUUUCUCUUCCAACUCCUGGAAUCCGAGCCCCAGCCGGACUGGAAAACCACCGGGGAGGUCACCCAGCCAUUGAAAUUCUCCAUCAAAGAGACUGAAUGCCGCUCCACAGACAAGAUGAACGGCACCAACUGCAACUUCAAAGAGAACGGGGUGGACAAGGACUGCUCCGGCUUCUACUCAACCCAGCAAAACCCACCGGCCAUCAUCGUCCAGUGCGAGGACGUGGAGCAAGAGCUGGGCCGCAUCACUCGGGGCCGAUGGGGAAGGUUCUGGAGGGGAGCGAAGCGUUUCGUGAAGAAGCACGGCGUGAGCAUCGCCUUGGCGGGACUGCGGUUUGUGGGCUGAGAGGAUCCUGGACCGGACGAAUGCUGACGUGAUUGCCAACCCCCUUUGCUCUUCGCUCACGGCUAAGGUCAAUGCAAGCUCAGAUUUGGAAAUGCAGCUUUCCCCUUCUCCUGCGAUUCCUCUUUCAUUUCUUGUCUCGAUAUAUGUGACAAAAGGCUUAGGCGUGUUAAUAAACUUCCCUGUCUUCCACCAUGAAUCUGUCCAAGGCUGAUCCUCUUCAUUUAAAGGUUUUGUUGUCAAGAGUCUCCAAACAAAAUGCAAAAUCCUUAAAAAGAUUACACUAUGUUUUGGGUACUAACUACUACCUGGU